CAAGAUGCAGAUCUUAACGUAGUGUGGUUGUAUUUGGUCAGUUGUCACUCAAAUCUUUAGUUUUACAUUUCCAAUAAGAUCAUACGAAAUGUAUGUGGAAAUAUCAACAUAGAAAUUGCAGAAAACCGAGUUUCUUUGUAGUAAACAUCGAGAGAAAGGAACUAGUAUUUAUUCUCUCCUACUUUUUUUUAAAAAACAAUGUUGACUGAAGCAAAGAAGACUAAUAAAUCUGAAUUUCGAUGAAAAAAAAACUAACAAAUUUCAAUAUUUUUUACUAUUCACAGCCACAAUAAUAGUAUCUGUGAACAUUUAAGUUUUUCUUCUCUUACAAAUUCUUCAUUAAUUUGGGAUCAAUUACCAUAAGGAAAAUAACAUCUCAUAUAUCCGAACAUUUGUUGCCCCUUACGAAUAUUCUAAAAUAUUGCCUAAAAAGAGUUUUAAACCAUGGGUUUGAAAAUUUCGAACCGAUAGUAAAAAUAAAUCACACACCAAACAUUUUAUUUUAAAUGAAAGCAGAACCAACUAUUGUUUGCUAAAAGAAGUAAAAAAAAAAGGUGGGAGGAGAAAAUAGUUAGGGAAAAGAAGAAGUCAAAGAGAAAGCAACGACGUCGUAGUCCUUGUCAGAAGAAUAUACCCACAUGUUUGAAAAGAAUUUGUCAACGCAAAAACAGAAAAUGAUUUACGUAUAAGUAGCCGUUCCCGACGCUGCCUCUGAUUUCAUUUCUCACAAACCAUUAAUCUUCCUCUCUGUCUCAACAAGUUUCUUCAAUAAGACAACAAUUACUCUUCUCUUGGGUUUUUCUCUAAGACCAUCCUACAAGUGUAUUUGUCAACGAGAAAGUCAGCAAAAGAAAGUUUUGAGAAUAAAAAGAGAGCAAUGGCAGGAGAUCAACUACACGUGCUAAACGCACUCGACGUCGCCAAAACGCAAUGGUACCAUUUCACCGCGAUUAUCAUCGCCGGAAUGGGAUUCUUCACCGACGCAUACGACCUUUUCUGCAUCUCCCUCGUCACUAAGCUUCUUGGCCGCAUUUACUACCACGUGGACGGCGCAGAGAAGCCAGGAAACCUACCUCCAAACGUCUCAGCCGCGGUUAACGGCGUUGCGUUUGUUGGCACACUCACGGGCCAGCUCUUCUUCGGCUGGCUCGGUGACAAACUCGGGAGGAAAAAAGUUUACGGCAUGACUCUCGCGGUCAUGGUCGUAUGCUCUGUCGCUUCAGGUCUCUCCUUUGGGAGCACACCAAAAGGAGUGAUGAGCUCUCUCUGUUUCUUCCGGUUCUGGUUAGGUUUUGGCAUCGGCGGGGACUAUCCGUUGUCCGCGACCAUUAUGUCUGAGUACGCUAAUAAAAAGACACGUGGCGCGUUUAUAGCCGCGGUUUUCGCCAUGCAAGGGUUCGGAAUCUUGACCGGGGGGAUCUUUGCGAUCAUCGUGUCUGCGGUUUUCGACGCUGAGUUUCCUGCUCCGGCUUAUAAAGUGGAUGCCUUGGCGUCCACGGUACCUCAGGCUGAUUACGUGUGGCGGAUUAUACUCAUGGUCGGUGCUGUGCCUGCUGGGAUGACGUACUACUCAAGGUCCAAGAUGCCGGAGACCGCGCGGUAUACUGCACUCGUGGCCAAGGACGCGGAGCUAGCGGCUUCGAACAUGUCUAAGGUUUUGCAAGUGGAGAUAGAAGCAGAGCAUGAUAGAGUGGAAGAGAUUGCUAGAGAUAGGUCCAAAGCAUUUGGCUUGUUCUCCAAGGAAUUCAUGAGACGUCAUGGUCUUCACUUGCUUGGAACCUCAAGCACAUGGUUCUUGCUCGACAUCGCCUUCUAUAGUCAGAAUCUUUUCCAGAAAGAUAUCUUCAGCGCCAUUGGAUGGAUCCCUCCAGCUCAGACAAUGAACGCAAUCCGAGAGGUUUUCAUGAUCGCGCGUGCACAAACCCUAAUCGCCUUGUGCAGCACGGUACCUGGUUACUGGUUCACAGUUGCAUUUAUCGACAUCAUGGGUAGAUUUGCGAUACAAAUGAUGGGUUUCUUCUUCAUGACUGUCUUUAUGUUCGCUCUGGCGAUUCCUUACGACCAUUGGACUCACAAGGAGAACAGAAUCGGGUUCGUGGUUAUGUACUCCUUAACGUUCUUCUUCGCAAACUUUGGACCUAAUGCCACUACUUUCGUGGUGCCUGCUGAGAUCUUCCCGGCUAGGUUUAGAUCAACUUGCCAUGGAAUCUCCGCGGCUUCUGGAAAGUUGGGAGCAAUGGUCGGUGCGUUUGGAUUCUUGUACUUGGCACAAAGUCCUGACAAGAACAAGACAGAACAUGGAUAUCCUCCAGGGAUUGGUGUAAAGAACUCGCUCAUUGUUUUGGGUGUGGUUAAUCUUUUGGGGAUGGUGUUUACAUUGUUGGUUCCUGAAUCUAAAGGCAGGUCUUUGGAGGAAAUGUGUGGUGAGAACGAGGACAAUGAUGAAGGCAGCAGUUUCAGAAACAACCACUAAAACCGCACGGUAUCAAUUGGCAUAGAGGUUCUUAAAGAUUUGUAUUACUUAUUUUACUUGUAUUUUUGUUCACUAUAUAUCUUCAAAUUUCUUGACACUAGCAGCUCAAGUGAUUCUUUAUAUCCACUUUCUAUUGAUUGAUUUAAAAUGGUAUAGGAUCUGAUUCUUUUACACAUCUGUUUCAGUUUUUUUUGGAAUUUUUUUAAGAACUUUUUUCUUUCUGUAAUCCAUUGUAACAAAUGAAAUAAAGGGAAUAGAAAGCUAUUAUGAUGGAACUGUGUUUUUCAGUUUUCUUUGUCACCACU